AUGGAAGCCCAAAUGACAAAGAAUGCUCAAGGAAACUGGGAAGCACCACUGCCCUUUCGAAAUCCUGCGACGAAACUCCCUGACAACCGACAGGACACUCUUAAACGCUUUAACAACACCAGAAAGAUGUUACAGAGAAAGCCCGACAUGGAAAAACAUUAUCAUGAAUUCAUGGGAAAGCUUCUUGAAAAAGGCCAUGCCGAACCAGUCCCCGACGAAUGCCUUAAUUCCAACGCUGCACGGUGGUAUCUCCCUCAUUUCGGCGUGUAUCACCCUCGUAAGCCAGGAAAAAUCCGUGUAGUCUUUGAUUCGGCCGCAGAGACUAGUGGAAUUUCCCUAAACAAGAUGUUGUUAUCCGGCCCAGAUCUCACGAACAGUCUGAUAGGAAUUCUCUUACGCUUUCGCACCGGUCCAGUCGCCUUCACAGUCGAUAUCGAACAAAUGUUUCACGCGUUUUUUGUCAACGCCCGACACAGAGACUUCCUAAGAUUCUUCUGGUACAAAAGAAACGACCCGUGCAAAGAAGUGAUCGAAUACCGUAUGAAAGUGCAUCUUUUUGGCAACACCUCCUCACCAGCCGUUGCCACCACUGCGCUGAGAUUAACCGCACACACCGAAGAACGUAACUACGGGACGGACGCUAGGGAAUUCGUGGAACGUGACUUCUACGUAGACGAUGGCCUAAAGUCGACAUCCAACUGUGAAGAAGCGAUCAGCCUGCUAAAACGCACACAACAAAUGCUCGCCACCGCUAACCUCCGCCUUCAUAAAGUCUCCUCCAACAAAUUUGAAGUAGCACACGCCUUUCCCGAGGAAGAUCGAGCCACAGAACUGCGUAACCUCGAUCUUCACCAUAAUAGCGUCCCAGUUCAACGCUCGCUCGGGGUAUCUUGGGAUCUACACAACGAUGUCUUUACCUUCCAAGUCGCUGAUGAGAAAAAGCCAUUCACCAGAAGAGGCGUCCUAUCUACUACUAACAGUCUAUAUGAUCCUCUUGGCAUCGCUGCUCCUGUGGUCAUUAAGGCUAAGAUGCUAUUAAGAACAAUGACGACAAGCCUCCAACGAAACCCACUGGACGUUUGGGACAAGCCUCUUCCGGAAGAAUAUCGACAACCGUGGGAAGUUUGGCGGAGGUCACUCACAGAACUGAGACAGGUUAUGCUGCCAAGGAGCUACACGGCAACAUCUCUCUCGGAAGCCAAGCAAAUUGAAGUCCACACGUUCAGCGAUGCCUCGCAAGAAGCUAUUGCGGCCGUUUCCUACCUAAGAAUAGUCCUGAACGACAACAAAAUCGAAGUCUCCUUCUUGAUCGGAAAAGCUAAACUCGCUCCGUCUCACGCAACCACGAUCCCUCGUCUAGAACUCUGCGCUGCAGUACUAGCGGUCGAAAUCACAGAGUUGGUCCUGGAAGAGUUGCCCAUUAAGGCUUCGUCAGUAACGUAUUAUUCGGACAGCAAAGUAAUACUGGGUUAUAUCCUAAACGAGACACGACGUUUCUACGUCUACGUCGCCAAUAGGGUACAACGAAUCAGAAAGUCUUCAUCACCGCAUCAAUGGAGAUACGUAGCGACAGAUCUUAACCCAGCCACCGUUCGAUCAAGGCUAGUGAUCUCAGGGAUUCCAUAUGGCUGA